GCCCCGAGUGCUUCACCUGCUCCACUUGCCAGUCCCCGGCUGCCCCUCGCCCUGUCACCAUAAUCCCUUCCAGCUUUAUCCUUAAGAUUCAGCCGGAGCCUCCCGACCCACGGAAUGUCCCCACUUUCGUUGCUUCUUGGCCACUUUCCCCUCGCACCUGCCCGCGCCCCCCACCCUUCCUCUGCCCUCACUUGUCCCUCCACGGUCCAGUCCUCCAACCCCCGCGAUGAUCGCCAUCUCGCAUGCUCCCAUCUCCGGGCUGAGCCCCGUGCCCGUCCUUCUAAGCUCGCUAGAACCGUCUCUCACCUGCGCGGCUCCCGCGACCCACCCUCGGGUCACUCCCGGGCUGCCGGCGGGUGGCAGAAGGGCGGCUGCGUGUGGGAAGACGUGGUCUCCACACCCUGGCGGGGCUCGAGCGCGGAGAGGUGAUUGGAAGUGGUGGUGGCAGUUGGAUGAGGGGAACACCCCUGCCAGACGCCGAGAUGCAGGAAGAGUUCUUGAGGUGGCUCAAGAACUUUGCAAAGUGCAAACACAGCGCGCGCCACCGCCCGGGCCAGCCUGUCCAGGCGCCUGGCUGGGACUCGGCGGGGACUGUCCCCAGGACUGCGGGCCCAUUCCUCAGCGGUGCCAAGCGAGAGGAGUGCCCCGAAGUGGAGAGAGGGCUGGGGCAGGGCAAGCAGUCGGAGUAUUUGGAGUGGGAGACAGAGGAGCAGCCACUCCACGCGCGCGCAGGGCCCGGCGCGCCCCGCCAGAGCCUACCUCGGAGUCUACGUAUUUGCCCCCAGACAUGCUGGCCCGUGGCUGGAUGAAGGCUUGGAGGAGGUUUCCCUGGGCUGUGAUUUAAGGGAACUGAGGAAGGAA